GUACAAGUAAGCUCGAUGAGUAUUACAUACAGCUUCAUAUCCUGGCAGAAAAUGCUGUUUUUUCUGUUUAGCGUACUUCUACCGUGGUGUGGACUGGGGAUUCCGCUCGAUGAUUAUGAUGGGGAUUCAGGACUAUACAAUCCUGGUCUCUACCAAGGCGAUAUCGCUGGAAUUGACAUGACACAGGACAGGAAUGCCAUUGUAGAUCACACAAAGCUGUGGCCUGGCGGUGUUGUCCACUAUGAAAUAGAUCCAGCUGUUGAUUUCAUGAGGGAUAAGAUAAUGGCAGCUAUCAAGGAAUACCACGACAAAACGUGUGUUCGAUUUGUUCCAAGAACAUCCAAUGUAGUAGACUAUAUUCGAAUCGUCGAUGAGCCUGGGUGUUGGUCAUUCGUUGGAGUCCAGGGUGGACUACAGAAGGUGUCUUUGGGUCAAGGCUGUAGUACAAAACCAACAAGUAUCCAUGAACUGAUGCACGCCAUCGGUUUCUGGCAUGAACAGAGUCGCUCUGAUAGAGAUGAUUACUUGGAGAUCAUCUGGGAGAAUAUAAUGGAAGGGACGGAAUUCAACUUUGAUAAGUUGGAUUACUUCGACAACAACCUUCUAGGAGUAGAGUUCGACUAUGAAUCCAUUAUGCUAUACGGAGAAACAGCUUUCUCCAAGGAUUACAAGUCCAUUACUAUGAAACCGAGGAAGGCGGGUGUGAAACUGAUCCCUGUGUACACAAAGAGUGGAUUCUCUACAACUGAUGUCAUCAAGAUCAACAGACUUUACGAAUGUUUUGGAGAAGUACGUCCUCCCCGACCUGAACCACCGGGAUUUUAUUGCGAUUUUGAAGAUGACAACUGUGGGAUUGCUAAUCAAGAAAACAUGUUAUUAUUCUGGUACAGGUCCAAUAUCAGACGAGAAGGUAGUCGAGGAUACUAUAUGGGACUGACAGCUACACAAGGGGGUAAUGGAUUUGCCAGACUCAUCACACCUUUCGUCAAAGUUUACGGACGAGAGAAAGGCUGCCUUAGGUUUAGGUAUUAUCUGGAGGGUUCUGCAGCAAGAAACUUGAAGGUCACGCAACAAGGUCAAAGCACUUCGGAAGUGUGGGAAACUAACGUCGCUGAUGGUAGAUGGAAGGAAACAGUUUUGAACCUUAAUCUUAAUGGAGACACGCGGUUCUUCGUGGAAGCGUCAACAAGCACUGACAACACGCAAGGGGUGAUAGCAAUAGACGAAUUUUCUUUGGCCAUCAGGUCUUGUAACUAAUCGUGUAAAAGCAUUUUUUAAAGAAAUAAUAAAAGCUAGCUUCGUUAUAAGUC